AUGCCAGUUCGACCACCACUCCCCCGACGAGUUCCCUGGGCCUCAAUAUCAGAGCUCGAAGAAGUAUGCUCUUGGAUAUUUUCCGAUGCUGCUGACGAGGUCUCGAAGCGAAAGGCCCUUGCCAAACUUGCAGCGUGGAGGGUGGCAACUGUUCUUCCGCACUCAAUAGAGUCCACUUGGCUAAUCUUGGGGGCUGUUCUGCUGGAUCACAGUGCUGUUAGGAGGGAAGUCAAUGGUUCGUCGUUCCUUGGUGUUCGACAAGCGUAUGCCCUGGCAAUUGUCCGGACGGUCAACGGUCUUGUCGAUCCUUUACAGAAAAGCCUUUACGCCAAACCCCUGUCAUAUUUGGCGGGGAGGAUCGGGCUGCCGCAAUGGCUUGUCGAACUCCGACACGCUACAACCCACGAGGCCUUGCCUUCUCUUGAACUUUUACGCGAGGCAGCAACCCAGUCGAUGAGCUGGAUCUUUCAGAACUAUUGGAUACCGACUCUCCAUCCAGGGGAAGCACUUCAAACCCCUCUCCUGGAACUGGCACUUCUGGCGCCACUUCUCCAGGAAUAUAAAUCGUCGAAGAAAGCCCUGAUUAAGGAUGCCACUCUGAAGAAAACCCAAAUAACCGCAGCGCUGCGCCAAUUGGAACGCUGGAUUGACGAGGCCUCAGCGGCAUGGCGUCUUGGCCCUGGCCGAAAUGCACAUCAAGAUGGGGGAUCAUCAUGGGCAAUCGACCAAUUAUGUACGGAGUUAGUGAAAAAGGGAGGUAUCGUACCUAAAUCCAAAAAGAAACGGCUCCAGGAAGGCCCUUCCAAUGAGAGUUCUCUCUCAUACCUGGAACUGUGGGGCCAGCUUCUCUUGCAUGUUCAAAUUAAACAUCACAAAUUCGCAUCGUAUUUAUUGGAUCGUAUCAUCUCUACUCUUACCAACGCACCGGAAGAGGACCCCUCGUUUCAUGAAUGCUUGUCGAAUUGGGUCAUUUGGGUCGUAGAAAAAUGGGGCCAUAAGGACGUGGAUUGCACACGCGAAGAUGCACUUUCCCUGCUCCUUUUCGAGGUCGGCAGGAUCGAUUCUUUCGAGAUGUUGAAAUACCGGCCAAUGAUCCAUUCCCUCUGCGGGUCCGAUUCCGACUUGGAGCAACAAAUUGAAACCCUGCUGCAAACACGAUCUAACACUGAUGUUGAAGUGAGUGAUUUUGUCGGCUUAUGUCCCACGCCCCCAUACUUGGUCUAGGUAGCAGAUAUGAGCAUUGCACUCAUGGAGGAGCGCCUUCAAACACUCGAAGCGCACCUCAGGUGUCAGGAGACCCAAAACGACAUCGUGAUGGAUGAGACCAUAGUGCCUGAGAAAAACCCUGCUCCAGGGAUUCGGCU